AAUCAAUAACUUGGCAAUGUCCUUGAAACAACAGAAAGAACAAUUCGUAUCGGAUCUACUCGGUGGAUCCAUUCUGGAGAUUUACAAUGUUACAUGCAUUGCAUUAACGUCAUAUUUGGCUUAUAAUAUUAUUCAAAACUUCACCAAUACACGUACCCAACAACAAAGAAAUAUCCCAAUAAUUUACGACUACAUCUUGAAUGUGUUGGCAUUGUUGGCUUCCGUAACUUUAUACAGUGACAAUGCUACAACUCUACAUUAUAUGAUUGUACUACCAGGUCUAGCUCUUUAUGCUAGUGAAUUUACAUCUAGAAGUUCAGCACCCAAUGUUCCAAGAAAACAAGAACGUACUCGGUCUAAAGAUUCACAAGAACUACUUCCUCGUAAGGCAUUCAUAACAGCAUAUAGAGCACAAAUGUUGAUCUUGACCAGCAUAGCCAUUCUUGCUGUUGAUUUCAAAAUCUUUCCAAGAAGAUUUGCCAAAGUAGAAACUUGGGGUACAUCAUUAAUGGAUCUUGGUGUUGGGUCAUUUGUAUUUUCAAUGGGGUUGGUCAAUUCAAGAUCACUCAUUAGAAAUCAAACUGCCAGUAAGAGUUUCCAGUUGAGUUUGUAUUUGAAUGAAAUCAAGCAUAGUGUUAUUAAAACAACGCCACUUUUAGUUUUGGGAUUGAUUAGAUUAGUCAGUGUUAAGAAAUUAGAGUAUCAAGAGCACAUGACUGAAUAUGGCAUCCAUUGGAAUUUCUUUAUCACUUUAGGAAUGUUACCUAUAGCAUUGGCAGUAUUAGAUCCAUUGUUUCAGUUGGUACCUGCACGUAUGGUUACAGCCUUGGCGAUAACUUUUGGGUACGAAAUUUUGUUGAGCAACACAGAUUUGUUGGCAUUUAUAUUAACCAGUGAAAACCGAUUCAACAAUAUCAUCACCAUGAACAAAGAAGGUAUCUUUUCCUUUCUUGGUUACUUUGCGAUAUUUGUAUUUGGGCAAUCAUUUGGUUCUUUUGUGUUGACUGGUUCUAAAACUGCUAAUAAUUUAGUAAGAAUAGGUGGUGCCACCAAACCAAAUAAACCUAAUUGGUUUACUGUAAAUACAACCAAUGGGUUAUUUAUAUCAACCAUAUUUUAUCACCUGUUAUUCUAUUUGGUUAACAAUUCAUGGUUAUUUACGUCUGUUUCGAGACGAUUGGCCAACUGUGCAUAUGUGCUAUGGGUUGUAUCCUAUAAUUCUACAAUGUUAUUGGGUUAUAACUUGAUUGAUAAGUUAGUUACCAAGAAUAACACUCACUCGUCAUACUUGUUAGAAGCAGUCAACAAUAAUGGAUUAUUAUUGUUUUUGGUUGCAAAUUUAUUAACUGGAUUGGUCAACAUGUCAGUAAAUACUUUGGCCAUGGAUCGAAUGAUGUCAUUUGCCAUCUUGUUAAUCUAUACCCUAGUUUUCACUGCAAUUGCAGCUGUCUUACAUAAUCAUAAGGUGUAUAUUAAGUUGUAAAACAAUAAACACGAAGUAUCUUUUUUU